AUGGGGUUAAGUACUGUUGCAAAUAAAACUGUUGUUGCUAUCAUGUUCUACACAGCAACUGAUGGUCAGGGAGUGAUGGAACCAGUUGUCGAAGGCAAUAGAAUGCUCCAAAUUGAGGGCAAAACAGAGGAACUGGGCGAUUUCAGUAUUAAAUUUCCAAGGGCUAAGAACACCAAGAAAUCUAAUUAUCUGAGGACUUACUUGCCUAGUUUGCAUAUUGCUAAAGAAGUGGUGCUACGCAGCAUGAAAUAUUAUCAGUUCGGACAAAAACACAUGUUAGGAUUAGUUGGCGAUAUUCUCUCACAAAGUCAGUUCAGUGACUAUGAACCUAAUCUUCUCGUUCAUCAAGUUACCAUGGCGUUACCUUUUGAAAUUGACAUCGCCUUUGAAUCUGGAAGUUACAAAGAUAGAACAGCGUCACUGCUGGGGAUGGAUUUCACACAAUAUUUAAAUAAUUAUCUGAGUAGUUUUGACAAUCGAUUCGAACACGUCUUUCAACUAAAACAAAAAGGUUUUAAGGAGAAGGAGAUAAAUUUUGCAAAGGCCACACUGAGCAAUCUUAUUGGUGGUAUAGGUUAUUUUCAUGGAAAGUCGAUUGUUAAAUCUAAAUACACAGAUGAACCGGUAGAAUAUUGGGAGGCACCGCUUUACACAGCAGUUCCAUCACGUUCGUUUUUCCCACGUGGUUUCCUAUGGGAUGAAGGAUUUCACAAUCUUCUCAUUAGUAAAUGGGAUCCGACAAUUAGUAAAGAAAUCAUUGGUCAUUGGCUGGAUUUGAUGAAUGUCGAAGGUUGGAUUCCACGUGAACAGAUUUUAGGGACUGAAGCUCGGGCAAAGGUCCCUGCCGAGUUUGUUGUACAAUAUAACGAGAAUGCUAAUCCACCAACUUUAUUUUUGCCAAUUCAAUCACUUAUGACUGGCAUGAUGACAAGCAACACUGCUGAGGACCAGACCUUCUUGAAACUGAUCUUCCCCAGAUUGAAGGUGUGGUUUAAUUGGUUCAACACCACACAGAUAGGAAAUGUACCUACUUCCUACAGAUGGCGAGGUAGAGACACUGAAACUAAUAAAGAGUUGAACCCCAAAACGCUGACAUCUGGUUUAGAUGACUACCCAAGAGCGUCUCACCCGUCUGACGAUGAGCGACACAUUGAUCUUCGUUGCUGGAUGACCCUUGCUUCAGGUGUUAUGAAAGACAUAGCAAAAACAAUCGGAGAGCCGUACAAGGACUAUGAGAAUACACAUUCAAUUUUAUCCGAUAAUAGCCUUCUUGACAAGAUACAUUGGUCAAAUAAGGGCAAACAAUACAGUGACUAUGGAAAUCAUACUGAUCAUGUUAUGCUAGAAAGACCACCCACCCCAAUACCUAAACAGCAAAAGCCUGGCCCCAAAAAACAACCAGUCCCGAAACCAAAUGUGCCAAAGCCUCCAAUGCUAAGGGUGAUCAAAUCUAAGAAUGGACCAAAUUACAAGUUCACAAACGCACUGGGUUAUGUUAGCUUGUUUCCCUUCCUUUUACAAAUAAUAGAGCCAUCAUCUGACAAACUUGGUAAAAUCCUGACUGAUAUUAAGGAUUCUAAAUUACUUUGGACAAAGUAUGGUCUCCGGUCACUAUCCAAGUCAGAUCCUUUGUACAGUAAAUAUAAUACAGAACACGACCCACCAUAUUGGCGUGGACAGAUAUGGAUCAACAUGAAUUACCUGGCUGUGAGGGCGCUGUACCAUUAUGCCAAUGUUGACGGACCCCACCAGCAGCAAGCAGCAACAACGUACAAAGAACUGCGGACUAAUCUUAUCAAUAAUAUUAUUAAAGAAUACGAACGAUCAGGUUAUAUGUGGGAACAGUACAAUGACCUUACUGGGAGGGGUCAAGGGUCACACCCUUUUACAGGAUGGUCCUCUUUGGUCAUUCUUAUGAUGGCAGAGAAUUAUUAAUCAGUGUUUGAAGAAAACAUUUUAACACUAAAAUUUGAACUAUUUUUUUCCCCACUAUGCUCCACUUUUAAAUUAAGUAAAACAACAAAUUCAUGAAAUUCUAAUUCAUGGGAGAAUAUUCAAGCAACUAUUUAAACCUUGAUUUGUUAUUACAGAUUCUGUCAAGUGGAAAAGUGGUAGACAAGACUGGUUUUGCUAUACUCGAAAAUUGAUAACCUGGAAAGCAGACUCUCAUUUCUCUGGUUACCCACUGUACACUAGAAUUUAUAGGUACAUUUUUGUUGCUAUAGUAACUAUCAGUUGAUAUAUCACAUGGGUAAAAUAUACAACAGUCAUCUAUUGUCAUCUAAAUUCAAAUAAGCACCAUGCUAUAAUUAUCAGCCAACCAAUGUCAUGGCCAUCCACUGACAGCACACCAAUGUCAUGGCCAUCCACUGACAGCCAGUCAAUGUCAUAGUCACCCACAGACAGCCAGUCAAUGUCAUGGUCACCCACUGACAGCCAGUCAUAGUCAUCCACUGACAGCCAGUCAAUGUCAUGGCCAUCCACUGACAGCCAGUCAAUGUCAUAGUCAUCCACUGACAGCCAGUCAAUGUCAUAGUCAUCCACUGACAGCCAGCCAGUCAAUGUCAUAGUCAUCCACUGACAGCCAGUCAAUGUCAUGGCCAUCCACUGACAGCCAGUCAAUGUCAUGGUCACUCACUGACAGCCAGUCAAUGUCAUGGCCAUCCACUGACAGCCAGUCAAUGUCAUGGUCACCCACUGACAGCCAG